AUGGAGAUUGAUUCAAAUAGUAGUGAGAAUCCUUUAUUAAAUGAGAGUGAAGAAGUUGAGGAACCUAAGAGGGUAUGUAAAACACAAGUUAUUGGCGAUGAUGGGGAAUUAAGAUACUUUGGGCUUGAAUGUUCUCAAUCGUGGAAGAGAAUAAAAAAGUCUGAAGUAAACCCUCUAAAGCCAUCUCUGUCCACAAAAAUUAGUUGCAAAGCAAGGAGAAGAUUAGAAAUUAACGAUCAAGCAGGGAUUGGGGUGUCUGGGAAUUAUAACUCAAUGGUUGUUGAAGCUAGGGGUUAUAAGUCAUUAACAUUUGAUAAGCGAGAUGCAAGGUAUUACAUUAAGAGAGCUAGAAAAUUAAGGCUUGGAGAAGGAGAUUCUGAUGCACUUCAAAAGUAUUUUUUACGAAUGCAUGCACAAAAUUCGAGUUUCUAUUAUAUGAUUGAUGUUGAUACUAACUUUCACAUAAGAAACUUGUUUUGGGCAGAUGCAAUGAGCCAGGCGGCUUAUAAAGAAUUUGGAGAUGUUAUUUCAUUUGACACAACUUAUCUCACUAACAAAUAUGAUAUGCCAUUUGCUCCGUUUGUAGGAGUUAACCACCAUAGACAGUCGAUUUUGCUUGGUUGUGGGCUAUUAUCUAGUGAAGACACUGAUACAUUUAAAAUUCUGGAGAAAUUGAAAGGAUAUUCCCAAUAUGAAUCCAUGAAGGUGGAUUUACAAAAUGCAGUGUAUGACACUUUCACAAAAGAUGAAUUUGGGAUGAAAUGGAAAGAGAUGAUUGCAAAAUUCAAUCUUUAUGAGAAUCAGUGGUUGGGGGUGUUAUAUGAUGAGCAACAUCGAUGGGUUCCUAGAAAAGAUUUGGAUAGAGGGUAUACAUGCAUAAAAACCACAUACACUGGCUUUGGGGGUGAUUUUAAUGCAAAGGUCUAUGAUAAGAUGAACAUAAAAUUGAUUGGCAUUGUACAAUUUGCUGGGAACUCUGAAGAAAAAAUAAAAAUUAUCGACCAUGGGUUGGAUGAAAUCAAGGCAAGAGUGAUGAAAAAUGAUGAAGGUGGUUGGAAUAAUGUGGCACCUUCAACUAGUAAUGUACCACAUAUUACUAGUAAUGUACCAUCUUCCCCAAUUGGCAGCAUUAAUAGAAAGGGAAUCAGUCAUACCAAGUUGCUUAGUCUUUUGGUUGCUCGCUGA